AUGGUCAAUGUGCUUAUCCAGUGGAGGCCCAAGAGGAAGUCAAUUACAUGGGCAAUCAAUUUUAAUUCCGCCAAGGUAUCUGCUUUAAAUGAUAGAACUACUAAGUUGGAAGAGAUGUUCCAACAAUUUAUGCAAGUGACGACCUUCACCAAUAAGAGCACUGAAGUUCCCAUAAAAAAUCUGAUGAUGCAGGUUCCUGUGUAUGCAAUAGCUUUGAAAAGUUUCCUUGAAAAGAAAAGAUAUCUAGAUGUGGAAAUUAUUGAUGAACAGGAUAGUUGCAGUGUCUUGUUGAAGAAGGAGCGUCCUCCAAAAGUGAAGGAUCCAGGAAGUUUUACCAUUCCUUGCGUCAUUGGCAAUGUGAGAAUAUGCAAAGCCCUAAUUGACUUAUGGUCAAGCAUUAAUUUGAUGCCCCUAUCUAUGCUCAAGAAGAUUAGUGGUCUUAAAGUGAAUCCUACAAAGAUUUCUUUGUUAAUGGCGGAUGGAUCACCUAAGAAACCAUAUGGUCUGGCGGAGGAUGUUGUGAUUCAAGUUGAGAAACUUGAGUUCCUGGUUGACUUUGUGAUGAUAGAGAUGGAGGAAGACAAAGAGAUCCCAAUUAUUCUUGGGAGGCUGUUUAUAAAACGACUAAAGUAA